AUGGAUCUAGAAGCUCCUAAAGGGAAAGAAUUAACCAUUAAUGGGGAUAUAAUUACAUGGCACAAAAAGUUUAAUCAGGUCCUUCCCAUUUCACUGUGCAAUGAACUCUGUCAGCCUGGUUAUCAGAAAAGAGCAAAGGAGGGGGAAAAAUUCUGCUGCUAUGAUUGUGUUCCAUGUCCUGAAGGCAAGGUCUCUAAUAAGACAGAUGAUCGAGAUUGUUUUGAAUGCCCAGAAGAUCAAUAUCCAAACCAAGGAAAAAAUGGAUGCUUACCAAAAACCAUUACCUUUUUAUCUUAUGAAGAUCCUAUAGGAAUGAGUUUGGCCUCAGUUGCUUUUUCUUUCUCCCUCAUCACAAUCUGGGUACUUGGGAUUUUUAUUAAGCACAGAGACACCCCCAUAGUCAAAGCCAACAAUCGGGACCUCACCUACACUCUCCUGGUCUCUCUGUUGCUCUGCUUCUUGUCUUCUUUCUUAUUCCUCAGCCAACCUGGGAAAGUGAUUUGCCUCCUCCGACAACCAGCUUUUGGCAUCAUUUUCUCAGUGGCUGUUUCUUGUGUAUUGGCCAAAACCAUCACAGUGGUGGUAGCUUUUAAGGCCACCUUGCCAGGGUCCAACCUGAAAAGGUGGUUGGGGAAAAGAUUGGCCCUUUCCAUUGUCCUUUCGGGUUCUCUAUCUCAAGCUGGCAUUUGUACUGUGUGGUUGUCAAGCUCUCCCCCAUUCCCUGACUUAGACAUUCACUCUGUAACUGAGGAAGCUAUUGCGUAUUGCAGUGAAGGGUCAGUGUCCAUGUUCUACUGUGUGCUUGGCUAUCUGGGCCUCCUGUCUCUUGCCAGCUUUGUUGUGGCUUUCCAAGCCCGCAAACUCCCCAACAGCUUUAAUGAAGCCAAGUUCAUCACCUUCAGCAUGUUGGCCUUCUGCAGUGUGUGGGUCUCCUUUGUUCCGACAUACCUGAGUACCAGGGGAAACGCCAUGGUGGCUGUGGAGGUCUUCUCCAUCUUGGCAUCCACUACUGGAUUACUGGGGUGUAUCUUUUUCUCUAAAUGCUACAUUAUUGUCUGGAGGCCCGAAUUAAACAACAGGGAGAAAGUGAUAAGAAAAAAAUAA